UCAUGAGUACGGUUUGUCACUUUUGAUGUCAUCGGCGAUACACCCGGCGACUGCCACUCCAAACCAAAAAAAGAGUUGCUGUCCAUCUGAGUUCUCCACGGCGGCGGAAUUCACAACACUAUCCAGCGCCGGCCUCUACUAUGUCGCCUCAUACCCCCCCUCUCUCUCUCUUUCUCUUCUCAUCUCCUUCUACGCCCUCGUUUCUCUCCGCUCUUCCGCCUUCCUAUUCCAACACCGCCUCCGUCAACAACCUCAAUGUCUGCCGAAAACCAAAAUCAAGAAUACGUUCGCGUUCGAGACAACCCUUUCUUUGCCGGCAUGCGGAGAGGCGACGCCGCCGGUUUCAGCAGGGGGAACACUUUCGAAGUUCAAAGAAAGGUUGCAGGAAGAACUUUUCCGAGGUCCAGUUCCGACGCCGGUGACCGGGGACACAAAAGGCCUCUUAUCAAUUUUCCCGGCGAAGCCACGGCCGGAAUCCGUUCAACUGAUUCACCCCCGACUGUGAUUCUUGAAUCCUUUGAUCAGUCACCCUCCGGGAAAGUACAAACGGCUUCGGAAACGGAUUCCUCCACGGAAACUUCUCAAUCUGAUUUGAAUGAAUCGCCUGUGGAGUCUAGUGGCAAAUCAGUUGAAGUGAGCGAAGAACACAGUUCUAAGCUUAAAAGAUCAGAUAGUGUGAGCAUUGGGAGCACGAAUUGGUUCGGAGUUCCGCUUCCUCCUACAGCAGCUUCGUUCUACAAUGGGAAUUCAGCCCGGAUUGAAGUUGUGGAACCGUGUGAAGGAAUUUGCAGGCUUAAUAUGUUUCUAAAAGCUGGGAAAGAUGACGUCAAAGCUGGGGUGCCUUCAAGAUACCUGCAUGCUGCAUUGGGCCCUCAAUCAUCUGAUAUUGGUUCUGUUGCUUCAACCAUCAUGUAUGCCUUUUACUUGAAUGAAACAGUUCAUAAUAACCAAUUCUGCAUUGUCCCUGUCAUUAACAUCAACCGGUCCGAUUUCAUGAGUUCUCAUGCUGAGCUCAAAUGGCUACUGGAUUCUUGCUUUGUUGAUCACUCAUCCUUGAUUUUCAUUGAUGAGAUUGAUCUGUCUUACUAUGAUUUGUAUGGGAGCCUUGCGCUGGCUCUAGUGAAUGGUGACAAGCUUCCAUCCAAACAAGAGGCUCUUAAAGAGGCAGUGGUCGAGAUAUUGAGCUGCAAAGAGGAAGCAUCCUGCUGUACGCUUAUUGCUGAAAAGUUUGUUUUAACUUCACCUGAGAUACUGGCUCAACAGGGAUUUAGUCAACUUCUGUUAGCGGGCAUCCUCAUGGAUACUGCAAACUUGACAAAUCCUCAGUCUACUACAAAAGACAAAUACACAGCCACGUUGUUGAUUAAUGGAGCUGGUCGAUUUGGAUGCAAUGGCCUCUACGAAAUUUUGAGAUACAAGAUGAAAGAUGUACCUGAAUUGAAAGCAAGUCAAAUUUUGCGGAAAGAUUACAAGAAAUGGACUAAAACAGUUGGGAAUGGCGUGAAUCCUAAUGGUAGUAGGUCAAGAUCUGUGGCAACAAAUAUUGGAAUGAGUUCAAUUGGAAUAUCAAUAGCCCAGCUUCUGGUACAUGAGGCUACUUCAACAGAAGAUAUACUAGAGUUCCAGCGAUUUGAGAAUCUUAGCCUACUCGUGAUUGUUUCUGGUUAUUAUGAUACAGAAAAGAAGUUCAAGAGGGAAAUCCUUAUCUCCGCGGAUUCUUUGGAGCUUUUGAGAAGCCUGAUUCAUUUUAUGAUGGCCAGAGCAAACCAACUUCCCCUCAAAGUUUUGCAACCGUUAGGUCUUCCAGAUGCGAUGAGGGCAUUUGAGAUUGAUAGAAUUACUUCAAGGAAGUCAAUUGAGUCUCUCCUUGAAGAAUUUCAAUGAACGCCAGCCCAGAUGAUAGUGUGUAAUGGUCUUAUUAUGGCAGGCUAUAUACAUGCUCUUAAUAUCUCCAUAUUCGGUUCUUUCUUUCUUCCCUAGCUACCUCCUUUCUUGCACUAUAUAUAUAUUCUAUUACUUUGAGAGGACUCAGAAAUGCAGAAUUGAACACUACGCU